AUGAUCUCAAGUUUGAACUUGACGAGGAGAGGCGAUACCGGUGAGCUUGCUCGUGUAUCCAAUAGUUUAUCCGUUACGCUCUUGAGGCUCUUCUACAACUAUUGGUUAAUGAGAUUCACUGUGCCGAGGCUAAAACAUAGCAUCCUUGCUAGAGUACCGUCGCUACAAAGAAAUUUUUUUUAUGGUCGUUUGAAAAGUGAUUCUAAACGAACUGCUACGAGUGCCAGACACAGGAUUUUCACUCCGUUCUCUACCGUUUCUUCCGGAAUUCAAAGUCUCAGUCUGUCUACAACUAAUUUCAAAGAUUUUAGAGUUUCAACUGAUGUUGGUGAGCAGAGAGAGAUCAAGGUAAGGGUUGAUGUAUCUGGUGCAAGGACACAAGAAAUCUUUGAUGAUGUUUUCUCCAAGCUAGUUGAUGCUGCACAACCAAUUCCUGGUUUCCGGAGAGUUAAAGGAGGGAAAACGCCAGAUAUUCCUAAAGAUGUUCUCCUACAAAUCAUUGGAGUAUCUAAAGUAAUGAAAGAGACAAUCUUGAAGGUCAUCAACACCACGGUUACUGAGUAUGUCUCAAAGGAAGGUCUAAAUGUGACCAGAGAACUUAGAGUCGAGCAGAGUUAUGAUGAAAUUGAAGCUGCAUUCAUUCCUGGAGAGGAAUUCAGCUUCGAGGCAGUCAUUGGUCUUCCACAAACCAGCAAAAGAUGAUCUUGUUAUGUGUGAGUAAAUGUCUUAUUCUUGCAUGUGAAAAACCACACUCAUUGUUCCAUGAAAUCGGUUGAGCAAAUUCAUGUAAAAGUUUCAUCCAUCUUAUAUGUUACUAAAUGUUCAAAUCCAAUCAUCCUGAACUAUUGGUGACUAUAUAUGCUGGAAACUUCAGUUGUUGAGUUGGACUUUUAAGCA